AUGUGGCCUCUGCAAGAAAGGACCGCAGAGACACAAUGCGACGCUGGAUGUACACCCGGCAGCAGCUGCACAGAAGUACGAGGUGACCCCCACUCCCGUGUCUUCGCUGCAGGACAGAUAUCUUCGCAGUUGCGAGGGGAUUACAGAGACACCCACCCUAAAACAUCAUUCGCCUCCCUGCCAAUCCCCGUCGUGCUAUUGCUAGGGCCUCCCUGCAGCGGGAAGGGCACUGUGUGUCAAGAGCUGCAGCAAAAGCUGGCUGCUGCACACGUCAGCACAGGGGAUGAGCUCAGGCGCAUUACACAGGUGGCUGAGGAGGCAGAAAAGCACGCAUGUAGUGCAGCAGCAGCAGCGACUGGCAGCGUUGCUGGCUUUCCGAUCGAGGUCAUACAGGCUGUAGGGCAGCGCAUGCGGGAAGGACUCCUAGUAGAGGACGCUCUAGUGGCCCAAGUGCUGCAGCAUCGGCUCUCUGCUGCUGCAAGAGAACCACUGCGACAGCACCAGACGGAGGCUGUGCUGCCGCAGGUGUUACUUCUUGAUGGGUUCCCGCGUACUGCUGCCCAGGUGUCAAUGCUGCAGCAGAUGGGAGCGUGGCCAGCUGCGGUGCUGCUGCUCUCCGCCUCUACAGAAUAUCUUCUCCCUCGACUGGCUGGACGCCUCGUAGACCCUUCAACAGGCACAAUCUAUGGGCCUCACAGACCCCCUCCUACAACCAUGAGUGAGGAACUGCAAGCGGCCAAGAGAGAAGACGAUUCUAGCCACAUCUUUCACAGAAGAAUCCUCACGUAUAAUGAUUGCCUCCCUUCUAUUCUGGAGGCCCUGAAAACCGGACGCCCCGCUCCAAAAGUAAUCGAAGUAGACGCUACAAGGCACAUUGACGACGUGACGAAAGACUCAUUGGAGGCCUUGCAAUCCCUCCUAUCGGACCAAGGGUGUGGGGCCCACGAAGCCUCCCUAAGGUCCCCCGCAGCUCCCUCAAAAUGA